GGCGACUUCCGCGCCCCGGCGCCAUGGCGGGCCUGGGGUCCGGUCCCUCCGUCCCCGUGUGGCUGGCCGAGGACGACCUGGGCUGCAUCAUCUGCCACGGGCUGCUCGACUGGCCCGCGACGCUGCCCUGCGGCCACAGCUUCUGCCGCGACUGCCUGCAGGGCCUGUGGGGCGCGCGGGGCGCGGGGCGUCCCUGGACCUGCCCCACCUGCCGCGAGGACGGCGCGCGACCCCCGCGGCUGCGGAAGAACACGCUGCUGCAGGACCUGGCCGACAAGUACCGCCGGGCCGUGCGCGAGCUGGACGCCGGCCCCGAGCCCGCCCCGAGCUCGGUCCCCGCGCCCCAGCGCCGCCCCGCGCAGCCGCCGGUGGUGGUACAGAAGAACAUCACAGAAGUUGGUCGGGAGCUGACAGAGCUGGUGGAACAGCUUGAAGACAUUGUCAGGAGCCUUCAGAGUCAGGGGCCCCACUCAGAAUCUGGACGAGAUGAUAAACAGAGCAUCCUGUGCAUGACUUUUUCUUCUGGGAUGGACCUUGCCUCGGCUUCUCCAAAGCUAGUGACUUCCAACACAUCCGAGGGAAAAAUUAGAGAUGUUCUACAUCACCUAGAAACAAUUCGGGAAAAAUUACAAGAAAACUUCACAUUGAAAGAAGCUCCAGAAGAACAAACACAAGUGAAACUCCUAAAAGCUCCAUCUUCUUCCUCAUGCCCACUGCCUGACCAGAGCCCCACUGCACCCAAGAGGACAUCUCAGUUUGCUCAAUGGGCCAUCAAUCCAACCUUUGACUUGGGCAGCCUGGCCUGUAGCCUGGAGGUAUCCGAGGAUUGCCGGAGAGUGACUGUGUCUCACUAUCCACAGCCCUAUCAGUGGAGUCGUGACAGGUUUUCAACCAGCCAGGUCUUAUGUUCUCAGGCCCUUUCUUCUGGGCAGCAGUACUGGGAAGUGGACACUAGGUAUUGCAGCCACUGGGCAGUUGGAGUAGCUUCCUGGGGGAUGAGCCGUGACUUUAUCCUGGGAAGGACUAUAGACUCUUCGUGUGUAGAGUGGAAGGGAACAGGCCAUCUCUCUGCAUGGCACAUGGUCAAGGAGACUGUCCUCGGCUCAGACAGACCUGAGGUAGUGGGCAUCUGGCUGGACCUUGAGGAGGGAAAGCUUGCCUUCUAUUCAGUGGCUGAUCAGGAGAAGCUUCUGUAUGAGUGUAUAGUGUCUGCCUCCUCUCCUCUGCACCCUGCCUUCUGGCUAUAUGGCUUACAUCCUGGAAAUUCCCUGAUCAUAAGGCAAGUAAAGGCGUAAAGGUUUGUCAGGGGUUAAAAUACAGUGGUUUCUUGGUGUCUCUCCCUGCUUUCAAGGAGGGUGGCAACUUGACUUAAGAAUCCCACUUUUGAUGUUAAUCCUCCUGUGCAGUACAAGAUUAACUCAGCGGGCUUGGGGUGUUUGAACCCUGCAAAUUCCAAAGAAAGGACCAGUCCCUGGCUGGCUUGAGGGAGAUAACCUCUAAGCCCCUGGAAUAUCCUGCCUGAUAAGAGUUCUUUGUUUAGGGGGCCUUGGGCUAUGUAGUAUCAGCUUGAUGUCAGCAGGGGCUGGAGAUCAAGUCAGCCAUGUGGGCAGUGAGACAUGCCUGUGUGACUGAUCCCCAAUAAAAGCCCUGGACACCAAGGCUUGGCUGAGCUUCCCUGGUUGGCAAUACUUCAUGCAUGUUGCCACACAUCAUUGCUGGGAGACCUCAUGACUCUACUGGGAGAGGAUAAUUGGAAGUUCUCCUGGACCUUGCCCUAUGUGUCUUUUUCCAUUGCUGAUUUUAAUCUGCAGACUGUCAUUGUAAUAAACUGUGAC